AUGAAUUUUAAAAUAAAGGGUAGCAAAAGCAUAAAUUUACUGAAUUGUCGAAAAGAACAUAUAAGUUGUGCAAAAAAAGUUGUGAUCGUAACAAGUUCAGAUGUUAGUGUAGUGCCAUCUGGUGUUCGACCCAUUAAACUUUUCUUCAAGCAUAUUUUAACUUUUUUUUUACAAAUCUGUAAAUGGAAGUGUAAAAAGCAGGCAAACUUAUAA